CAAAUACUCUGAAGAGUAACUCCAAAUGGCGGAGCUUCAAGUAGGUUGUACACGCCCAGGAUGAAGGUUGCACGACGAGAAUGCGUCCUUCAAGCUUUCUAACAAACUGGCGCCGAUAUUAUUGUCGCCGUUCAUAUGGAGUACUAGCUGGGCAGCAGCACACAAGCUCAGAAUCAAAUCUAAAUGGAACUUUGUAUUCAAGUCACAUCCCAACCAGCUCUGUUCAGAAAGCUCUUCUGGCUGUAGGUUCAGGAGUGGCUGCCCUACAGAACCCCUACAGACAUGAUAUGGUCGCAGUGCUUGGGGAGACCACUGGUCACAUGGCCUUGAUCAACCUUAGGAAUCGGAUGAGAAAUGACCCUGAAGGUUACACAAUUCUGACGGAACGUCCUCGGAUCCGCCUAUCUACAUUGGACGUCACUCGAAUGUGUGCUUUGCCAGAUGGAUCAUUAGGAAGAGAGUACCUUCGCUUCCUAGAAGAAAAUAGAGUCACCCCUGACUCGCGGGCUGAUGUGAAGUUUGUGGAUGACGAGGAGCUAGCAUAUGUUAUGCAGCGAUAUCGUGAAGUCCACGACCUGUUGCAUACCUUGCUUGGAAUGCCCACCAACAUGUUGGGUGAGGUUGCUGUGAAGUGGUUCGAGGCUGCACAGACUGGUCUGCCCAUGUGUGUCCUUGGAGCAACACUUGGACCCCUCCGCCUGUCUGUCAGUCGUCUACAAAAGCUGAUUAAGUCUCUCGGGCCAUGGGCCUUGCGCAGUGGCACUCGUGCCCGCUGUAUUCUCAGCAUUUUCUAUGAGCGCAGAUGGGAGCAGAACCUUCAUGAUCUCAGACGUGAACUGAACAUUGAGCCACCACCACUCAAUCUUGCCAUCAGAAAAAAACACCAAACUUCAGAGAACAGUAUCCCUAUCAGUUAACUGAUUUAUCUGACGGAAAUGUUUAACCCACAAGGAACUUGCAUACAUCCUACUGAAAACAAAGAUCAUCAUGUUUAAAUAUCCUGCUUCCUCCUAAUACAGGAAAUGCUGUCUGAAAAUAAUCACAAUAAAAAAUAAUGUAAGGCAUAAAUCUAUAGAAACAUUUUAACAAGAUUUUUGUAAACACAUUAAGAGAAUAUGAUUUUUUUUUCAUUUUGUCAAAAAGUAUUAGAUAAUUCAGGAAGAAGAUGUUUGGUUUUUAUUAUAAGUAUUAUAUAAAGCAUUAGUAUUACUGCUUAUGUAUUGGUGUUAACAUGCUAUGUUAAUAGCAUUUAGAUGUUACACCAGUUUGCCAUACUGGACAAGUUAAUACAUCACAAAACUUCACAGUGUAAAUGUUAAAAUAUACGUAGUAAUGUAAUGUGUAAUUUAUAAUUUGGUAUGAAUUAAAAUCAGUCAUGUUUGUAUUAUUUAUAACACCAUAUAUUUAUGGUACUUGCCUAAUGCCUGGAGUGCAUCAAUAUUUGCAUUCUGAAACCAAUUAAACAUGCUAAACAAAUUUGGAUUUAGUA